CCUAAUCCGAUUGAUACUACACCGGGACCGGACCGAGGGAACCAGUGGACAUUAAAGGGCGGACAACUUUGACUUCCCCCCCCCUUCCUUUUUUAAUGUUUUCGUAGAGUCGCAAUUAGGGUGCUUUUAUCAUCGCGGCGAUAACAGAGCUGCCGUGAAAACACGCACCAUCAUCCUUUUUAGACAACUUGACAUUUUCAACAUCUAAAAGGAUGAGGCUGUGUACAGGACCCCUAGGAUGGUGUGUGGCUCUAGUCGCUGUGUUAGGGUUGGGGGCUGUGGCCCAGAAGCUGCCCACGCGAGACGAAGGGCUGUUCCAGAUGCAAAUCAGAGACAAGGCCCUGUUCCAUGACUCCUCCGUCAUACCGGAUGGAGCUGAGAUUAGCGGUUACCUGUUCAGAGACACACCCAAGAGGUACUAUUUUGUGGUGGAGGAAGACAACACACCCCUGUCUGUGACGGUGACGCCCUGUGAUGCUCCUCUGGAGUGGAAACUAACCCUGCAGGAACUGCCAGAGGAGGCCAGCGGAGAAGGAUCAGGAGAGCCUGAACCUCUGGACCAACAGAAGCAGCAGGUGACAGUAGAUGAGGGGACUGAACUAUUCAACUACAAAGGCAAUGAUGUGGAGUCGUAUGUGGCUACCAGCACGCCCUCUGGUCUCUACCAGCUGGAGCUGCUGUCUACAGAGAAGGACAGCAACUUCAAGGUGUAUGCAACCACCACACCAGAAUCUGACCAGCCCUACCCGGAGCUGCCAUACGACCCUCGAGUGGACGUGACGGCACUGGGCCGUACCACUGUCACCUUGGCUUGGAAGCCCACCCCAACAGGCUUUCUGAUGGGCCAGCCUGUCCAAUACUGUGUAGUUAUCAACAAGGAGCACAACUUCAAGAGCAUGUGUGCUGCUGAGGCUAAGAUCAGCGUUGAUGAUGCCUUCAUGUUGGCUCCAAAGCCCGGCAGAGACUUUAGCCCUUUUGACUUUUCACACUUUGGCUUUGUCCCCUCUGACAAUGAUUUUGGCAAGGACCGAGGCCUCACAAGUAACAAGAUCUCGCGGUCUUACACAGCCAAACCCAGAGUGUCGGACAUUCAGAAAGUGUGCAUUGGCAAUAAGAACAUCUUCACAGUGUCAGAUCUGAAACCAGACACGCAGUACUACUUCGACGUGUUCGCUGUGAACUCUGCGACCAACACCAGCACAGCGUACGUGGGCACUUUUGCUCGCACUAAAGAGGAGGCUCGCCAGAAGACAGUAGAGCUGAAGGAUGGCAAAGUAUCUGACGUUUUUAUUAAAAGAAAAGGCAGCAAGUUUCUGCGCUUUGCCCCAGUCUCCUCCCACCAGAGGGUCACUCUGUUUGUCCACACAUGUCUGGACGCCGUGCAGGUACAGGUGAGACGUGACGGCAAGCUGCUGCUCUCCCAGAACGUGGAGGGCAUACGGCAGUUCCAGCUUCGAGGGAAGCCAAAGGCCAAGUACCUGAUCCGCCUGCGAGGCAGCAGGAAAGGCGCCUCCACCCUGAAGGUGCUGGCCACCACCCGACCCAGCAGCAAGCAGCCCUUCCCCUCGCUUCCCGAGGACACGCGCAUCAAAGCCUUUGACAAGCUGCGCACCUGCUCCUCCGCCACCGUGGCCUGGCUGGGCACGCAGGACCGCAACAAGUACUGCGUUUACCGCAAGGAGGUCGCCGAGAAUUACGGCGAGGAACAGCGACGCCGUGAGCAAAACCAAUGCGCCGGGCCAGAGACCCGCAGGAAGUCAGAGAAGGUCCUCUGCAAGUAUUUUCAUAGCCCCAACCUGCAGAAAGCUGUGACUACAGAAACCAUCACAGGCCUGGAGCCAGGAAAGACCUACCUGCUGGACAUUUAUGUAGUCGGUCACAGCGGUCACUCAGUCAAAUACCAGAGCAAACUGGUGAAAACAAGGAAAUACUGCUAAAUGACUCUGCAAAGAAUAAAUCUAUUAUAAAUAUAUAUAUAUAUAUUAAAUAAGUUUAUUUAACUCUAAGUGAUAUUCUACUAAAGAGUGUAUACAGACUGACUACUCACACAGCGGAUGGACCUGUGGCAGAGACUGAACUGUUUGUAGAGAGAGAUAUCAACCUGUAUAUUUAUGUUUACAUUUCAUUGUGGCACGCCUGGAUAACCUAUAGGGAGAGGUGCUUUGUCGCCAGGGCAUCCACGUCCUUUCGCCACUGAGAAGGCAGAACUUUAAAGAAGAUCAUGUUUUGUUUUGGUUUUUUUUUUCAUCUUGUGUGUUUCUUCAUUGCUGCAUGAUGUUUGCUUCUGUCUCGCAUAUUUUUUUUUUUUUGUCGUUCCUUCAGUUUCAAUUCACGUUGGCCUGCAGUGAUACAGUCGCUAUCCAGCUUUGUAUAGUUCUCUCAGUGCAUACUCAGUACAUGAUUUAGGAGCGAUUUAAAUUAUUUCAUACUUUUGUCUCUUUUUUGAUUGUUUUUUUUUUUUUUUAUUGAUGAUAAUAAUUACUGCUAUGAGGAAAUUCCAAUUCUAUGAGGAAAUUGUCGUAGUUGAGACAUUCCCUUGUGUAUCACAGCCAGUGUUUGCUCUUGAGCACGUCUGUAAAUGUGUCCUGUGCUGGAGGUCUGUGUAUAAUCACUGUAUCACUGUGUGUGUGUGUGUGUGUGUGUGUGUGUGUGUGUGUGUGUGAGUGAGAGAGAGAGAGCGAGAGCGCGAGAGUAUGCGUGUGUGUGUGUGUGUCACAUGUACAGAGUUGUCCUGCCAAUAUUCAUGUACAUAAACACUAAAUAUAGAACAAGUAAUCCUUGUGUCACCCUGGGUGUCAUGUUCUUUUGCCAGGCAGUUAACAUCACAAUCGUGACUCUGAGAUGAAAUGGCACACUGCACACCAGGUUUAUAGACUCGGAGGCCUAACUUGUGUUCACAUAAGCAUAAAGUGAUACCGGGAACGAUUCAAAAUGAUAACUUGAUCCCCCGGGAGUGAUUUACAGGUCACAGAAAGCUUGACGGGCUCCAUGGAGAGAUUACUUCCUGGAAUGUUUUUGACUCUUGUUGUUAUGUUCAGGUCAAAGUUAAAACGUUUUAAAUAUCACCUGUCACGCCACAAAUACUGUCGAUAUCGCUAAUAAUUGAGUUGAAGAUAAGCUAUAUUGGAUAUUUUUAAAUACAUUUUACAAUUUUAUUGCUAUAAAGUACAAAGCCGGCCUGGGUCAAUGUGACCAGCGAACAGUACAUCCAUAGCUGGCAAGUGGAGAAAACAUAGAAGGUUAAACCUCAAAACCUCAUGUUAAAUGUGCUCAAAACCAGUGCCUACACCAGUGUCUAAUAUAAAAUCGGUGUCGGGCAGAUGCACCCUCAAAAUAAAUAAAAAAGUGCAUCUGUCUAAAACUUCACAUGCGUUGGAAAUUAAUGGGGGGGGGGACUAAUCCAAUGCACAGGUAUGUUAGAGUCUUUAGUCGUCUGAUUGUAGAAGUAAUCCGUUCAGCAAGUUCCUUUUUCUGCAUCCACGUUGUGUAGGUCAAAUAACAUGAUGCUGUUCUGCCCUGAGGUAACCCAGGACUGGUCACGUCCACUUUACACCAUCAACUGACACAAAAUGUCACUGGUCAGGAAAGUUGCGUUCUGGAAAUGUGAGUCUUAAGAAGAUAAAGUACAUCAUAUCAUCAUGUCUGUGGAGCAAGUGACCUGAUGUCUGGACAAGCUAAUCAUGUGUUGUUUCAUGCCUGGUCUAAUGAGUGUCGCCUCAAAUGAAACAUCAGACACUUCACCCUUUUUUUGGGACAAAUCACAAUGCUUCA